CCGCGGGGGGGCGGGGGGCGGCGGUUUCAAGCUCCCCCGCGGCCGGGGCCGGGGCCGGGAUGGCGGCGGGGGCGCGGGGCCGCGGCUGACAGCAUGUACGGCAAGGGCAAGGGCUCCGCCGUGCCCUCGGACGGCCAGGCCCGCGAGAAGCUGGCACUGUACGUCUACGAGUACCUGCUGCACGUGGGGGCCCAAAAAUCAGCGCAGACCUUUCUCUCAGAGAUCCGAUGGGAGAAGAACAUCACGCUGGGCGAGCCCCCCGGCUUCCUGCACUCCUGGUGGUGCGUCUUCUGGGAUCUGUACUGUGCUGCUCCGGACCGCCGGGAAACCUGUGAGCACUCCAGCGAGGCCAAAGCCUUCCAUGACUACAGCGCAGCGGCGGCGCCCAGCCCGGUGAUGGGGACCCUGCCCCCUGGCGAGGGCAUCCCGGGGGGGCCCAUGCCCCCCGCCUUCUUCCAGGGACCCGCGGGCUCUCAGCCAUCGCCCCACGCCCAACCUCCGCCCCACAACCCCGCUGCCCCCAUGCUGGGGCCCCACAGCCAGCCCUUCAUGUCCCCCCGUUAUCCCGGCGGUCCGCGGCCCCCGCUCCGGAUGCCGAACCAGCCUCCCGUGGGGGUGCCGGGCUCACAGCCGCUGCUGCCCAACGCCAUGGACGCGGCGCGGUCGCAGGGGCACCCCGGCAUGGGGGGGGCGAUGCAGCGCAUGAACCCCCCGCGAGGCAUGGCCGGCCUGGGGGGGCAGGCCUACGGCAGUGGGAUGCGCCCCCCCCCCAGCUCGCUGGCCGGCCCAGGUCUGCCCACCAUGAACAUGGGUCCCGGCGGCCGCGGGCCGUGGCCAAACCCCAACGCCAACGCCAUCGCCUACUCCUCCUCGUCCCCCGGCAACUACGUGGGCCCUCCCGGGGGCGGCGGCCCCCCCGGCACCCCCAUCCUGCCCAGCCCCGGAGACUCCACCAACUCCAGUGAGAAUAUGUACACCAUGAUGAACCCCAUGGGACCCGCCGGGAACCGACCCAGCUUCCCGAUGGGGCCGGGCCCCGAGGGUCCCAUGGGGGCCAUGAGCGCCAUGGAGCCGCAUCACAUGAACGGAUCCUUAGGCUCCGGGGAUAUGGACGGGCUGCCAAAGAGCUCCCCCAGUAACCUGGGGGCGCUGAGCAACCCCCCCGGCACCCCGCGGGACGACGCCGAGCUGAGCAGCAACUUCUUAAACCCCUUCCAAAGCGACAGCUACUCGCCCAGUAUGACCAUGAGCGUGUGAGGCCGCCGACCGCCAGACGAUAAUUAAUAAUAAUUACAGACCCCCCCCGCCCCCAGCUGCACCCCCCCAGCACGAAACAAACACAGAAAAUGGGGAAACAAGGAUAAUAAUUAGGAAUAAGUCAGGCGACUUAAUUACUGACACC